GAAUCAAAAUUGCAUAGAAUGGGGGAGUAACUGAGUAAGCUUCGUGAUUAGUCUUCAACAAGUUGGCUGCAGUUUAAAACCACCUAAAACUACCACAGCAACUUAACCUACUCUUCUAUCAUGGCUUGACUUGUAGUUGGAACUCCUUUUCUUCCAUGAAACAAGCAACAGCUCAAUAAUAGAAUAGACUUUGAAUCAAUAUGAGGCAUACAAUAUAUGCAGACUAACCAUGGAUGAUCAGCCCUUUCUUUCCAAGAUUGCAGCAGAGGCAGCUGGUGAAGAAGGGACUAGCAGACCAACACCAAGAAGAUCAUCAAGAGACUUCCGCUCAAGUUUCCUUGAUCUCGGUCCGUCGCGCCGUGAUACUCAGCUAAUCACAAGCGCCGGUGAUAUUAUUGUUCCCAUAACUCCCAGUUCAUCUUCAUAUGCAAAUCUCAUUGUCAACUUAAACAAGAACAGGAAAAGAAGGCUCAAACGUCGAUCACACUCAGCUCCCUCGGUGUUCACAGACUUCAAGGAGACGAUUCAAGACUCUUUGGAUCCCAGACCUGCCCCCAAAUCAACCCCUAACAUUGUCAGGCAAGCCUCCAUCGGCGUCAUAGUUUAUAUCAUUAUUGGCAUUGUGGUCUACUUGACCACCGGAGGUAUUUCAGGGGAGGUUGUCACAUAUAAGCCGGUGGACGCCUUGUACUUCAUUGUUGUCACGCUCUGCACAAUUGGAUAUGGUGACAUUGUUCCAGACACAACAGUUACCAAACUCUUCACUUGUUUCUUCAUAUUGGUUGGGUUUGGUUUCAUCGAUAUUCUGCUACAUGGGUUGGUGACCUACAUCUGUGACCGGCAAGAAUCGGUUUUGUUGAGCACGGUGGAUGAGAAUAAGUUCAAUACAAUGGUUCAGGCCUAUUUCAUUGAUAAAGAGAAGGGGAGGAUGAGAAUAAGAAUGAAGGUAUCCUUGGCUUUGACAGUAGUCUUUUGUUGUAUAGCUAUAGGCACAAUAGUAGCUCAUUAUGUAGAGAGUUACAGCUGGGUUGAUAGUUUUUACCUAUCUGUUACCUCAGUCACAACAGUAGGCUUUGGAGAUUAUGCUUUCAAAACCGUAGGAGGAAGAUGUUUUGCAGUAGUCUGGUUACUGGUAAGCACAUUUGCUGUUGCACGGGCGUUCUUGUUCCUGACAGAGAUGAGAAUCGACAAGAGAAAUCGCAAAAUUGCAAAAUGGGUUCUUCAAAAGGAGGUCACCCUAAGGGAUUUACUGGCAGCAGACCUGGAUAACGAUGGAUGCAUCAGCAAAUCAGAGUUUGUUUUGUACAAGCUGAAGGAGAUGGGGAUGGUAGCUAAUAAGGACAUCCUGCUAAUUUGCAAACAAUUUGAUUCUUUGGGGCAUAGCAAUGAUGGCAAGAUUACUCUUGUGAACCUAAUGGAAGGCGACAAUGACUGACCCCAUCAAUGGAAAUACCAAAGCAGACAAUGAAGAUAUUUUUUUUUUCUAUUUUUCACUAUAGAAUACAACAUAAAUUUGAUGGUUUUACUCUCAGCAGAAUUCAAUUCUUUUGUUCAUAGUAUUGCUCCUGAAUAAGAAAUGGGCACCCAAAGAUCUUAUGUCAUUGUGACCAGCUCAUUUUCCGAUCAUCCUUCAAUUAGCAGUUUAGCACCCAAGUAAAUGUAAAUGCUACAAGAUUUUCAGAAAUAUAGAUGGUUGU